AUGUAUUCGAAGUCCGUUUUUCUCUUUUUCAUUUCUGCACUGGCCAUAAAGAUUGAAUCGCGAUUUGAGUUUACAAACUUUGUAUGCAAGUCUUACGACCCACAAUUCGGGGAGUUUGAGUACUGCUACCUGAAAUCAAUUAACCGCAGCUAUAAGUAUAUUUCCGGAAGAUUUAAGCCCAAAAGCCUCCCAAUAAGCAAACUUAAGGUGAAUGUGGCUCUUUGGAAACGAUUCAAUGGGUACAAGCCCUUUAUGUAUAACAUAACAUUCGAUGUCUGCUUAUUCCUGAACAACCGUAAGCCGAAUCCCGUGAUAAAGUUUAUUCACGACUCUCACUCGAAUUUCUCAAACUUAAACCACUCAUGUCCCCUCAAUCACGAUAUAAUACUGGAAAAGCUUCCAAUCGACGUUGUUAAUCACCGAUUUACUAAUGUGCUUCCGUUUCCGGAAGGCGAUUACCUCAUUAGACUGUACUGGCUCAUUGCUAAAAACCGGACUGCCCUGGCCGAGAUUUACGGAACUCUUUCAUAG